UGAAUAUGUAUUCCAGAUAUAAAACGCUGCUCGGCUGUUCAGUGAUUCAGGAGCAUUUUCUGUGUAGAACUAUGUGUGAUUGAACGUUUUAGUCGGAUUUAUUUAAUGUAAAGCUUUAUGUGCCUACUUUAAUGAUUGAUUUAAAAUGGUACAGCUAGCCCGUUUGUGUAGCUAUUUAUUAAAAUUACUUAUAUUUAGCUCCUUAGUGAACAAUUUUGAAUGGGUGCCAAGUUAUGUUGCAGGUGUGCAGAAUGUGUAUAAACCUAUUCGAAUUCACCCCUAUUACUCAAAUCUUAAUUAUGAGUUAAAUGAUUCUGAAGCAGAUAUUCUAAAAAAUAGUGUUGAUAACAUUAUUUUGUAUCUAAAACAACUUUUAUUGGUUUUCCCAAAUAAAAGUCCAUUGCUGCUGGGAAGAGAUGCUUGUAAAAGUUCUUGGACAAAUGGAAGAAAUAAGGGAAAGUGUUCUCAAAUCAAGAAGGAUUAUUCAGGUGAAAUUUGUGAUGAUAACUUCCUUAUUCCAGAUAAGCAUUUGGAAGCAUUUUAUACUUGGACUCAUGAACCCUUGCCCGACAAGACAUGGUACACAGAUGGUGUUGGGAUUUCUAAUGCAGAUUAUAUUCUGUAUAUUCAAGCAAUGUCAACGAAUCCUUGUCUUACAAAUGUUCAUAGAACAAAUGUCAACCGAGUGACAGCCUAUGCAUCAUACUGCAAAUUGGGUGAAAUGGACAGACCUGUUGCUGGAUACGUCAAUUUUUGUCCUUCUGAAUUUCGAGAAUCAAAAAAUGACCAAAAGAGAUUAAGACUCACAGUUUUGCAUGAAAUAUUUCAUGCGUUAGGCUUUUCAAAAGAUUUGUUUUUAAGGUAUCGUGAUUGUUCUAUGACAUCUGAAUCUAAUGAAAAUUGUGCUGUGUGGGGAUAUCCUAUAUUACGUCAGCAUGGAGCAAAUUACCUGCUUCUUACACCCACAGUUGUGAAAGCCAUGCAGGACCAUUUUACGUGUAACAAGACUGAAUUUGGGGCCCCACUCAUGACAAUAAAUGGAGUCCUUCAGUCUCACUGGGAUUCUAACAUUUUGCAUGGAUCUAUUAUGUCGCACACUUUAGAAAACCCUGAACAUAUUUUUGUGGAUCCAGUGACGUUGGCAGCAAUGCAAGACACUGGCUGGUACAAAGUAAAUUUCUCAUACACAGAUUCUUAUCCUUAUGCAAAAGGAUCCGGAUGUGAUUAUGUGACUGGGACAACAGAACAUUCUUCACAGUCCUGUUCAUUUCCACAUGUUAGAAGUACUUGUGAUUCUUGGUACUCAACAAAGAUUAUUAAUUGUACAAUCUCUGCAGAAAAUAACCCGAGUGUGAUCUGUGAUAGCGGUACAAGUGAUAGAACGGAAAUUACACGCUGUCUUCAGGAAGUCACGUCAAUGUCAUCAUAUGGAAAGUGUUAUACUGUCCAGUGCUUAGGGCAAAAUCAGGUCUGGGUGAAAGUUAGCGAGAAUAAUUGGCUGCUAUGUCCAGAGAAAGGGGUCAUUGAACUGAAAUAUGCCGAUGUUAAAAUUCACUGCCCUAGAAAUGUUCACUUGUUUUGCUACAAACGUGGACCACAACUGUAUUUGGAGGAUCUUGUGAGCUUACAGACAACCACCACCACUCCAUCUUCACGUGUUGUAACCCACGACUUGAAAAAUAUGUACAGUUUUACAAGUGGCAUAGGCCGUGCUGACGAUAUCUUUGGCAAUAAUUCUAGAUCAGGGUUUCAUCAUGUGUAUGGUUUUGACUUCACACUGAUGUGUUUCACAAUCAUUAGUUGGAAUAUUAACCUCUAAUGAGUAGUCAUUGUUGAUAGCUGGCAUAAUUAUUUUAUUUGAAGUGGAUACAUAGACUUAACAUAAUUCAUUAGACCAUUUUAUUUUUAAUUCACAAAGUUAUGGAAUAUGUUAAUAAAAUAAAUCCAUAUAUGAAAUCAGACAUUACUUUUUUAUACUUUUCUCAUACUGUUGGUCUGUUUUAUAUUAAAUGUGCGCUGCUGAUGUCCAUAUGAUUUUUAAUAACCUAAACAAUAUGAUUUCUUAUAACCUAAGAUUCUUGACUUGUUGGAACAAUGUCUCAUGUAAACACCCUUCACAACAUGCUUCUUAAACCCCCAAGUGAUCAUUCUGUAUUCAAUGAAUCUCAUAAUUGAGUUUAUAAAGACAUCACAGAGUUGUAAAUGUGAUUAGUGGUGCCAGGAAAGUCCUGCAACGAGGAAUGAGUUUACAGUAAAUAUUUGCCAAUGAAAUGUCUUCAAAUUCAUACUAUUAAAGGUAUUGACUUUUGUAUGUAUAUUUUAAGUAAAUCUUUAUGUUAUAAUCACCUAUUACUGUAAGAUUAUACUAGGAGCUACCAACAGCCUUUUCAAUACUUUGGUUUUACAGAAUAUCAAUAACAAAUAUUUAUCCAGGAGACCUUAGUUACAUGUACAUGUUAAUUGCUUUGUCUGAAAGUUUUUCCAAUGAGAUAACCAGUCGCACAUUUUUUUUUUUGGCAUAAAGAUUUCCU